CUGAGACUAGUCAUAUCGCGGUCGUCGUCACAGACGGGUCUCUCUCUUUCGGGUCUUCCGCGCGGGUCGUAAAGUUGUCGGUUCGCGGGUCCCUUAAAAACGGACCGUUUCCGGAAGUCCAGGUCCAGGUUGGCCGGAAGUUGGCCCCUCCCAGCAGAGGAUCAACAAAAAAACUUUCACAUCAUUGGAUAACAAGUUGGAUUAAUCGUAGUUGAAUGUUAUGGAUCCGAAAAGUGAAGUUCUGUGAAGAAGAUUGUGUCCGUCGGAGUUCCCGGAAGGUCCCACUCGGAGGACAUUCCGUCAAACGGUACGCUGUCUAGCCUUUUCUCUACUCGGGAAGGUCAUCGCCGAGGAUGAGGUCCUAGCCGGAAAAAGUCUAGCCGAAAUUAAAAUCGUCGGUUGGAGGUCGCAGCACACUACUGCAGAGAUUGUGUCACGUGGAGCGGUUCGUGAUUUGAUUUGAUCGAUGCAAAUGUUCCGCCCCGGUGACCGCGUCUCCGUCGGACCGGAAACGGCCAACUAAUCGGAUUUGAAAUCGACGGCGGCGGCGAAUCGGAUUCGUGGGGGGAAAAUACAUGAAAAAUUCAGUGAAAACAAUUAAAAUGAGCUUUUAGUGUGGUUCGCGGUGGUGGUGGCCAGGCUCAGGAAGGCCCGGAAAUUGGCCGUGGAGUUGGGGAUGGUGAAAUCGAAUUUCGAAUCGUUUAAUUGCUGCGAUUUGGUGGAUACUUGGUGAACGGAAGAGUAGCAACAGGAAGAGCAAAAGAGAAGGAGGAAGAGUUAAAAGGGGGGGAGUAGGAGGAGGAGUUUGGGGCGUAGUUUGAGUGUUCGCGGACCGGGUGCCAAUGCCGGUUGGAAAUGUUCCCUAUCACCACCGAAGGAAGUACUCUCCCCAGGUUCCACCGGAUUACCAGUCACGAAUAUUUUUCGGCGAUUAUAUGCGAGAGAACCGCCCGUCCCGAGUAGCAGGCGGAAGUGGUCACGUCGGAACCAGCACAGUAGCGGCCCCCGCCGCCGCGGGAACUCAGCUGUCAAACAGUGGCGCCUCCAGCGGCGAAGAGCAGCAGUACUCGAGCAGUGCCGCCUCCUCGGUUGCCCAGGACAACGCCGGAUCGGUCAAUAAUUUCCCCGGUGGCCUCCAGCAGCAGCAGCAGCAGCACAAUGGCAAUGGACCGACUUCGCCGGUUUCAGGCUCGCAGAUAAGUCUGGGGCAGCAGCAACGGGUCGCCAACAACAACAACAACAUUGCUGUCAUUGGUGGAUUAGCCGGGAGUGGCAGCUUAUCGACGGCGGCGGCGUCCGGGAAUAACUGCUGUGCCGGUUCUGGCGGGACCGCUGGAGUGGCGGGCUGCGAUACCAACGGUAAUGACGACGGCUGUGCCGAGCUCCAGUUUCACCACCAGAGCUCACCCGGUCCCACCUCGAGUACAAACAGCUACACGAUAGGUGGCAGCACCAGUGGCGUCGCAGAUCUCCAGCAACAGCAACAGCAACAAAUUCUGAAACAGCAGCAAACAAGCCAACCGCAGCAGCAGCAACAACAUCAUCAACUGCAACAGCAACAACAACUGCUCCAACAAUCAUCGAGUUUAUCAAGUAGUAAUAGUCUAAUUAACAACAAUAAUCAAAUUAGGGAUAAUUACGGCGUGACGACGUCGGCCAUUGUGACCCUCGGCAGUGGUGGCAGUGUUGCCAGCAACAGCAACAACAAUCAUCAUCAGCAGCAGCAGCAGCAGUUUCAGGGCGGUGUUGCCACUGCCAGUCAUCACGUGAGCUUGGUGGGCGUCUCCGCGGCGUCGUCGGCCACCAUGACCACCUCGGCGGCCAUCUCGCCGCCGCGGCCAAUGCAAAAGGUGAUACCGACGGUGGUCUACCUGAUGUCCCGCAUCGCUGUACAUAUGGAGAUCGAGGGAACCGCACAAUGCCCGGCCCAGGUCAUGCUGGCCGCGGCACUCGGCUGUGAAGAGCUAGGAAUUACGAAUAAGCUGCUGGCGCAGUCCGUGUUCGGGCUGUGGAUGACCAGUCCGCUGCUGGAGGUUCAGCUGAAACCGCACCACCGGCCGUACGCGGUGCGGGUCGCGUGGUCCAAGCUGCUGGACAAACACAGCCACGGGAACGAGCUGGAGAAGCUGUCCGAUGAACCGAUGACCAUGCUCCGGAGGAAUGUGUUCUUUUCCAAGCGGGACGAGGAGAAGAUCAAGGACCCCCGGAUACUCGAACUCCUGUACGAGGAAGCUCGCCACAAUGUCCUCCUGGGGCGGUACGUGAUGGAAUCGUCCCACUCUAUCAUGCUCGGCGGGAUUCAGGCCCGGAUAGAACUGGGUCCGUACAACUCCCACACGCACUCCACUAGUUAUUUUAGAGAGAACCAAUUCCGCUUCCUGCCGGCGCACGUGGCCAAAAGCUCGAGCUGGUCCUGGCUGCCAAUCAGCCGGCGGACGUCGGCCGAGGUAAGACUGCUAGAACAAUUCAAACGGGUGCCGACGACGGCCACGACCAAGAAGCUGAUGCGGAAGUACCUCGAGUUUUGCUGGGCGCUGCCGUUCUACGGUGCCGCCUACUUCCACGGCCAGGUCGAGCAGCCGGUUCGCGGCCUGAUGAGCUUAAUGCAGCAGAAGGACCUGCCGGUGCUGAUAGCGGUCAACGAGCGGGGCAUUUAUGUGAUAGACCAAAUCGAAUGCACCCUGCUGCUGGGCCUCAAGUACGACGAGCUGUCGUGGGACUACGCCAAGCCGAGCAACGUCAACGAUCCGGAGUGUUUGCCGUGCAUCUUCCUGCAGUUCGGGGCCGUCGAGAACGGGAUCGCCGCCACCAAGCUGAUGCAGAUUUUCACCCGCCAGGCCGCCAUGGUGGACGCCUUAAUCACGCACUUUAUCGAGCAGGCCAAGCGGCGGAAAGAAAGUGGCGGCGGCGUGGGAGCGGGCGAGGUGCCGGACGUGCCCAUCGUGGGGGUCGUCGGCGUGGGCGGCGGCGGCGAGAAUCCGUACGAAGCGGAACCGAACCCAAUCCAGAACAACGGCGUCGGAGUGCUGAGCAACAAGCUGUCCCGGCUGACGUUGGCCACGUUCGACGACGAGGGCCGCUGCAUUGGCCAGACGGGGUCACUGGCGAUUAGUUAUUAACAUUUAAUUCUCGUCUAAGGAUGGAUGCGGAUGAGUGUGAAAGCAAAAAAAAACAAACUCUUUUGAAUCUGGUCUGAAUGGAAAAUUAGCGGAAAUGUGUGUAAGAAGAUAGUACUAGAAUAGGAUAAAUCCAAAAUGUAAGUAAACAAAGGAGGUAAACCAAUAAGAAUAACAAAAAAACAGUGAAUGGAAAAUCUGUGUAGGAAACAAAAAAAACGAUGUGUUUGUGUCUGUACAAGAGAUGUGGUAGCGCUAAGGAAAGGAAGAGAUUGUGGUUUGAAGGGGUCAUUAACUGGUUAGAGGUACAAGUUGUCGCCGGGACUCGCAGUGUAGGGGUAAGCGUGGUUGCCUCUCACCCAGUUAGCCUGGUUUCGAUCCCAGAAGGUCCCGGUGGCAUUUUUCGAGACGAGAUUUGUCUGAUCACGCCUUCCGUCGGACGGGGAAGUAAAUGUUGACCCCGGUCUAACCUAGAGGGUUAGGUCGAUAGCUCAGUCCAGGUGUAGGAGUCAUUUCCCUGGGUCCUGCUUCGGUGGAGUCGCUGAUAGGCAGUUGGACUAACAAUCCAAAGGUCAUCAGUUCGCAUCCCGGGGUGGAUGGAAGCUAAGGUGUAAAAAGAGGUUUGCAAUUGCCUCAACAAUCAAGCCUUCGAACCACCUAGUUUCGAGUAUCUCGCAAUCGAGAACGCCAAGGCAAUGCUGUAGACCGAAUAAUUUAUUUUUUAUGUGUGAUCAUAAUCAGCUUGAGACUACAAGCCAGCUGUGUCAGCGUAAACAUUGCUGAAUGGAGUAAGGACGUGGAAAAAAUUGCUAUCAAGUGAACUACAUCCGGGCAGACGGUAAUAACCAAAUUCAUGCCAUUUCAAUAACAAAUACUGUUAAAAUAACAGAAAGUGUUAUGGAACAACAAUUUUUGCAUGAGAGUUUAAUAACAGUUUAUGUUAUCAUAACAAAAUUUGUUAUUUGUCUGAUAUUGGUUGAAAGCCAAAACAACUUUGGAAUAACAUUUUUUGUUAUGGAAGAAUAUCGUCAACUGUUAUUGGGAUGAUCGGAUUAGUUGUUAAAAUAACAAAAAUUAAUAACAAAGAUUUGUUCGAAGAAUAACUAAAAAUGUUAUUAGUCUGUUAAUACAAUAACAAAAAAAUCAUAACGACGAAUAACAAAUCUUGUUAUAAAUAACAUGAAAUAUUAUUGGCCAAGUAUUUUCAAGUGUAAAAAAAUGUUAUUCACAAGUUAUUUCCGUCUGCUCGGGCAUUUAUUAAAGUCUUGUUAAAUGACAUACUUGUGGAGAUUUCUAUUAACAAUAUUUAGACUAUUUUUAAACAAUAUAAUGUUUCUAGAUUGUGCAAACCACACAGCUGAAAAAGAAGUAAUCCAGCUGCGUGUAAAAGGCGUGGGUGUAAAAUGAAUAUUGCAUUAUUUUAUGCAAUUUUAUGUGAUUUUACACCCUGAAAUAUUUAGCCCAUCAGUAUGGGAAACCUACUUGACCGAAAUGUCAAGCUCAUAUAUGCGUUUAUCCUUACAGCUUUUCAUCGGUCUGAUGGCCGAGUGGGUUAAGGCGCCAGUCCUUACUGAUAGUGCUGGAUAUGAUUUUUUAUUCAUAAUUUUUUGAAUUUUUUUUUAAUCAAGACUAAAAUUUCAAAAGGGCGUAAAGUGAAAAGUCUUUCGAAAUUGUACCCCUAACCAGUCAGGCAGUGUUAAGAGAUGGAUUUGAAACAUCAAAGGAAAUGCAGCGGAAAAGAAAAAGUGCAAUCCAAAGAUUGAAGCAAGUAAAAACAAACUAAAUUAAAGCUAACUCUCUCGGGAAGCAGACGCGAAACCUAGCUGCCUCCGAGAAAGAAAAACAAAAAAAAAAACUUCCUUAGACCUUUAAAACACUCAAAAAAAAUCUGCCAUUUAUCUCCUCACACACACACACACCUCCUGACUAGCAAAAUCUAUACGCUCCCGAAUAAGCAAAUGUAACGAAAUGUACUUAAGGUAGUGUAAACAAAAAUAAAACGAUGGUGGUUUUGCUCCGAAUCUCAACACUCGUCGUCGCAGCGCUGUUGACGUUCACCGUGAUAUAUUGUGCGAGCAGCCCCACUUUUUUCCGUAAUUUGUUACAACAACAACAACAAACAAAAAAAGAAGAGAAGAAACUGAACAGAAAUGUAAGCAAAAUCAAUACGAAUUUACCUUGUAAAUACACACACACACAGAAGGAGAGGAAAACUCAGUCGAUUUGAAUCAACACACACACACACACACACACACACACACACACACACACACACACACACACACACACUUCUUUUUAGGGUAAAAUUAUGCGGCGCCGGGCAAGUAAUGGAACGACAACCCUAGAACAAAAACAAACAAACCUUGUACUCUAAAUAGUUAAAUAUUACACCAACAAACAUUUAUGCAAGUAAAGUUUAAGACACGCAGACACACACAGACGUACACUCAAUCACUUGUAUAAAUUAAAUAUAUUUAAAACAAAAUAGUGAACCCACGCGUUUCCUUGUAAAACAAAACUCUGAAAGUGAAGCAGCAGGAAGAAAGAGAAAGAAAGAGAACACACAAACACUUAACACACGUACACAAAUCGUCUCACACAAAGCAGGAAGGAGGGAAAAGGGAAGGAAUGUAAGUAAGUACAGAAAGUAAGGAAUUUAUUAGUAAACAGUGGUGAACGUGGACAAAGUGGAACAGUAGAACACGAGAAAAGGGAGAGAAAAAGAGCAGCAGCAGAGAAGGGAGGCAAAUACAAACCAGUGGUCAAAUAAUUUUGAUAAGUUCAAUUUAAUAAAGCAAACAAAAAAAAAAACAUAUACCAAGAGAAUAUGUAAAUCUACCUUAUAUAUACCGGAUAAGAUAAAUAUAUAUUUAGAUAUUUUAUACCGAGAAAAAGAAAUCCGAAGUAAAAGAAAACAAGAGAGCAUCCAGAAAAAACAAA